AUGAAGGUCAAGACAAUUUCUCGCGUCGAGAAGGACUUUACACAAGAAGUGCAGUCGGACAAACUCAAGGUUUUUCGCAAUUACGACCCGGCUCUUCAUCCAUUUGAACGCCCACGCGAGUACACGCGUGCUCUAAAUGCCGUGAAAAUGGAGCGAUUGUUUGCCAAGCCAUUUAUUGGAGCUCUAGACGGCCAUUGCGACGGUGUGACAGCGUUGGCUACAAAUCCCAAGAGUCUCGUGGCGUUUGUGAGUGGUGCUGCAGAUGGUGAAGUGCGUGUGUGGGAUCUGCCUCGACGCAAAUGCGUGUGGAACGUGUACGGCCACCGCGGCUUUGUGCGAGGUCUGGCCGUUACUCCAGAUGGCAAUACUUUCUACUCAUGCAGUGAAGACAAAUCAGUGAAGCAGUGGGCGUUGCGUGUCAAGGAGGAGGACGAGGAUGCUCCGACUGCAUUGGCCACUUAUACUUCCAAGGAGCCAUUUCUCGGCAUUGAUCACCAUUGGUCUCAGAAUAUGUUUGCAACGUGCGGCUCCAAGGUGCAAAUAUGGGACCCGUCCCGCUCAACACCUACGCACGAAUUUGCGUGGGGUGCGGACUCGAUUAACUCUGUGCAUUUUAACCCGGCAGAAGCGUCACUGCUGGCUUCCACUGGAUCUGAUCGGAACAUCACUUUAUACGAUAUUCGCAUUGCGUCCUCUAUGCGUAAAAUUAUCAUGGGAAUGCGGUCCAACGCACUGGCAUGGAAUCCCAUGGAGCCCAUGAACUUUACAAUCGCCAAUGAGGAUCACAACUUGUACACGUUUGACAUGCGCAAGAUGGAACGCGCGAUGAUGGUGCAUAAGGACCACGUUUCAGCAGUUAUGGACGUGGUGUACUCUCCGACGGGUCGGGAGUUUGUGGCGGGCUCGUAUGACCGAACCGUUCGCAUCUUCAGUGUGCGCUCGGCAAAAAGCCGCGAGGUUUACCACACCCAGCGGAUGCAGCGAAUCUUCUCUGUCAAGUUCAGCGCUGACUCUAACUUUGUUCUUUCCGGAAGUGACGACACUAACAUUCGCAUUUGGAAGGCAGAAGCCUCCAAGAAACUCUCAAAGGUUGCUCCUCGCGAGCGCCGCAAGAUGGAAUACAACGAGUCACUUAAGGAGCGCUACCAACACCUUCGCGAAAUUAGCCGUAUCUCCAAGCACCGUCAUGUCCCCAAGGCCAUUAAAAAGGCUGCGCAGGCCAAACGCGAGGCAGGUGCGCGCGAGCAGAAAAAGAUGGCAAACCGCCGCGCCCAUGCCAAGGAGGGUGCCGUGCCCCACACCAACAUUCGAGAAAAGGUCGUUGUCAAAGAAAUGGAGUAG